GUGUUCGAACACGCAGACUCGAAACACAUGCACUAACUAAAACAGAGCCGCAAGCAACUGAAGACUUGCUGGAAGUUGCUCUAUUGCUCGCGCGUUCUCUGCGCCCAGCCCUUGAAACUUGCGCUAUGUGUACACGCGUGCCACUCAUACUGUAAAUAGAAGUGGAAGAGCUGCUGACUUGCCAGGCUACAGUUUAGCGCUUCACCCUGAGCUUUUUGAUGUACCAUGGCCCUGCGCCGUCCUCCCGCAGCGGCCCGCAUUUGUACAGCUAAGAAGGUGUGCCUUACUGUGCUGGCCACCUCUACGGUUAGCGGAGUGUGGCCCCUGGCCGCAAAGGCGCGUAGCAGCGUCGCGGAGCUGCAGAAGCAGCUGACUACGGCAAAGAAGGAGGUGGAGGCGGCGGAGCAGCGGGCGGACGCGGCGGAGCAGCAGGCGGACGCGGCGAAGCAGCAGGCGGACGCGGCGAAGAAGCAGGCGGACGCGGCGAAGAAGCAGGCGAAGAUCCGCAUUUGGGUUGGCACAGCGCUGAGUUACCUGGUGCUGAUCUUCGUGGCUGGCGUCGUUACCGGCAUAGUACCCCGCAUCAUCUCCAGCAAACUGCCGCCCUCCGUUGCGGAGUUCAUCAAGCAGGCUUUGUACCGCUGAUUGCGCUCACAGGGGAAGGAGCUCUGGCUGGCAUUCCUCGGGUCCGCAGUGAGUGCAGCCGCCGUUGCCCAGACAUGGCCAGGUACGACAGACUGGACCACUAGGACCUGCUGGGCCUGGCCCCCGCCUAUGAGGCGUGCGCAUGUGUGUCAAACGCUUUCCGGGAGGUUCACUAGUGAGGGGGGGGGCAGUGUAGGCGGGGAGCUGGUUUUGACGGAUGUAGUUGCUGAGGGAAAAUCAACGCAUGGAUGAGCGCCUGUCAAGGCAUAUGAUGUGGGGAGGGGUGUCGAGGUAGCGAGCAAGGCAACGCAGGGCCACAGACUGCAAUCUGCACCAUAGGCUGCUGUUAUCAUUGAGGCCACAUAUCUUACAGCUGCAUAGGUGCCUCUGUGUGGCAGUGACAUAUGCCAAAGGACCUCCUGUCCCUUGCCGGCGGGUGAAUGAGGGGGGGCUCAGUUCCCGAACUGACAUACUUGCAACUGAACGUCUUCCUCAGAUUGAAAGGGCCAUUGCAUGAUUGUAUGCUGCCUGCCGGGUGGUCCGUGGUGGCCUUCAAGGCGACUACACCUUAGCACCCUAGUAUUCUAGAGCAUUGGCAUUUUUGGAGCAUCCGUGCUUCCUCUCGCGGCUGUUAGAGGUCCUUAAGCGCUGCGGGGUACGUUGGCUAGUGGUGAUUGCCAGUAGUGCUGGUGGUCUGUGGACGGGUGGGCUUGGAUGUGCGAUGGGACAGUGGUAAGGCAGGUUGGUAAAGUCCCGUAGGGUGCAGCUGAUUUCCAUGUUCUGUAACAAAGUCGGUGU